GACUUAGACACACCCCCAUGAUGACGCGCUGAGCUGAGACGAUCCCAUUCAGGAAGUUCAGAGCGUUUAUAUAAUAGAAGGGCCGACUGUUGUCCUAAAUUGCGUCUUGGUCAUUCGUACACCUUCGAUUUGUAUCAUUGUCCCCCCGGCUGAAAUAAUGUCUACUCAAAAGUCUUUCGCCAAAGGCAGCACUGCGCCUGGUCCAGUGCCUGAAGGCACUAUCAGACUGUACAGCAUGAGAUUCUGUCCAUUUGCCCAGAGAGCCAGAUUAGUACUUCAAGCAAAAGGCAUCAAGCAUGACGUUGUCAACAUCAACUUAAAGGAGAAACCCGACUGGUUCUUGGAGAAGAAUCCUCUUGGGUUGGUGCCGACUUUGGAGACCCCUAGCGGCCAGGUGAUAUACGAGUCCCCGAUCACCUGCGAGUACCUGGACGAGGUUUACCCCGACAACAAACUGCUUCCGUCAGAUCCGUUUGAGAAAGCUCAGCAGAAGAUGAUGUUGGAAUGUUAUUCCAAGGUUGUACCAUACUUCUACAAGAUCCCCAUGGGCAAAAGGAGCGGCGAGGAUGUGUCUGCCCUCGAGGGGGAACUGAAAGAGAAGUUAGCCAAAUUAAAUGAGCAUCUUAAGACUAAAAAGAGCAACUACAUGGCUGGUGACUCAAUCACAAUGAUCGAUUACAUGAUGUGGCCUUGGUUUGAGAGGAUGGAAGGCAUGCAGCUGAAACACUUCCUGGAUGGAACCCCAGAGCUUAAGAAGUGGAUUGAGCGCAUGCUCGAGGACCCUGCUGUUAAAGAAACCAUGCACGCUCCGGACACACACAUAGGCUUCUACACGUCCUACAUCGCGGGGAAAGCCGACUACGACUAUGGCCUGUAGAGAGGAAGAGUGCAGCUGAGCACCAUGCCUAUUGAGAUCUUUUCUAUUCAGGUCCAAUCCUAAAUGUUUCUAAUGAGUUAUAAUUAAAGCUUUGUUUU